AUGAAGACGCUGGGCUACCCCCGGCUGAUCUCCCUGGACAAUUUCCGCACCCCGAAUUUCGAGCUGGUGGCCGACUGCAUCCACUGGCUGGUGCACCGGUUCUACCCAGAGAGCACCAUCCCCGGUGACAUUGCGACAGAGGCAGAGCGCGUCGCCUUCCUGCAGGGCGUCGCGCAGGCGAGCGCCGCUGCGGCCGGCCCUGGAAGUGCCCGCGCCAUGCUGCGCCGCACGUCGCUCUGUUUGGACGCAUGCAGGGAGAAGAUGCACCGAGCGCUGGGGGCUGUGCUUGGCCGCAUCAUGCUGACCAAGGCGCGCAUGAAGCUCAACAUCAAGCGGCUGUACGCGGCAGACGGCCAGGCGGUGCGGGAGCUGUUGAAGCUGGCCAGCCUGCUGUGCAAGGCCACGCAGUCGGCGGAGCAGGAGGGCGAGGACGCCGCCGACGCAGGCGACAUGUCUGCCGCCCUGCGCGCCUUCGACCCUCGCGCCGCCAAGGCCCUCGCCGCCGACAUGGCGCGCGCGGGCGCCGCGCUGCACGCAGCGCUCGCGGCCGAGCCCGCGCUGCGUGUGGCGCGCGCGCGCGCGCUGGCAGGGGCGCAGGACUCCGAACACGUUGAGCGCUGCAUCGCUGAGGCGGCGGCCGGCGUUGACGAGGCGCUCGGCAGCGCACGGGCCCAGGCGAGCUCGAUCUCAGAGCUGGCGGCCGCCGAGGCUGCGCUCGACGCAAAGCUGGAGCGGCGGCGCGCGGAGCUCGAGCGCGCGGAGAAGCGGCUGGCGACGCUGGCUGCUGUGCGGCCGGCCUACAUGGAUGAGUACGAGGCACUGGAGGGGCAGCUGCAGGUCCUGUACACGCACUACCUGGAGCGCCACCGCAACCUGCAGUACCUUGAGGCGCGCCUGGAGGGCUACCACCGCGCGGAGGCGGACGCCAUGGACGCGCAGGACAGGCGGCUGAGGAAGAUGCAGAAGCGGCUCGCGGAUGAGGAGCUGCGCAUUCUGCGCGGGGAGCAGCAGGUUGACGAGGGCCGGGCCGGCGCCGCGGCCUCGACGCCCUCAGAUUCUGGCAGCAGCAGCGACGGCGACGGCGGCGGCCGCCGUCCCGACCAGCGCGGCGCUGGCGAGUUCGGCGCGGCGCGCGGGAUGGGCCUGGGCGCCCCAGUUGCUGCGGCCCCCGCGGUGGUGGGCACGCUUGCGGGCGGCGGCGGUUGGGGCGACGACGACGACGAGGCGAGCAUCGACGAAGACACAGCGACAGACGGCCGCGACGUCUCGUUAGCUGGGUCUGGCUCGGACUCAGGCGCUGCCGCCGGCAGCUUGGGCCCCGGCGGGGGCCUGCAGGGCGGCGGCAACGGGGCUGGGGAGUUUCCUUAUGGCGGCGGGGAUGAAGGGGACGGGGAUGAUGGGGGCCUGCUGGGCGGCGACAGCGAGGACUCUGGUUUCUGA